UUGGAGUUCGGCAUUCUAAACGCAUUUGGGUUAUUGCAGAAGUAUAAACAACCUUCAGUUACAAAGCCGUAUGAAACGCCUCUAGGGUAAACGUGCUAUUUGAAGUUUUUCAAGCGUGACCUAUUAUUUUCGAGAGUAAGACACGAUUUGCAUAUACUAUUUAGUGCUUCGACUGUUUGCCGCUUUUUUUCAACCUCCUUCCUUCAUGGUUUAGGACGAACACGAAACGAUACGAAGGGUCAUUGCCGGCAGCAGGAAGGUGAGUUUUCCAUUCUCAAUUUUGUCGCUUUGGCUUUGAAUUCCACGUCGGCCAUAUUCCGUGAUCUGCGCUUGACAUUCGUCGCCAGUAGUUGCCGAAAGAAAAAAUGGCAUCAAAGCGAUGGCGUUUCGAAAAAGUACCACUAAGAUUGCCGGCUAAUGUUAUCACUUAACGGAUUAGCAAUUGAAUUUUCUCCAAUUUCGGUUCCGAUUUUGUAAAGCAGUUUUGCGGCUGGUAGUGUUUAUUUCACGUGGCAUACAAAGAAUACAUCAUUCUAUCGAGCCAAAUUUUGUAAUAAGGCAAAAGGAUAUAAAGAAAACUGCAUCAGUUCUAAAUUUCUGUGUCAUUUAACAUGCAUACACUUUCCCUGUCAUUGAUAAUUUGUCGGUCAUACCGCUAACAUACCACUUAACCUGAGUUUGUGUUUGCAUCACUUUGUCACAGUGUACGGCAUAGACGUUCGGCGGAGAUGAACUAUAGUUCACUAGGCUACAUACUCAAAAAUGGUUGGUGCGUUUACUCAAGAGCGAAAUGCGAUGACACGUUGUUGUAACGGUAUAUGUUUUUUUAAAUGUAGAGCUGUGCAACGAUUCACCUUUCAAUUGACUUAACUAUAGCUCUCGAACAUGUGAAUGAUUGAACAUAUCGGCCACUUGCUUUUCAAGGGGGUAGGGUAGCAAUUAUCAUGAAUGAAAUUAUUUGUCGCAGACUCUCAUCGACCGAGAGCCUGGAAUCGAACAGGCUUAUUUGUUUUAGUGCAACAGGAAACUUCUCUUUUUUUUUUAUCAAUACCAGAAGGUACUGUUUUGCGGUUCAGCCCGUUGGCAGCCGCUCAGAACGCAAAAUACUUUCUUUAACUAAAUUGACAUUCUCUCAUAAGCGAAACUUGUCCUUAUACCAAAUUUCUUUAGUGACACUGGGAUGAUCUAUUAGCGCAUGGAAUUUAACCUUAGAAAACAGCAAUUUAAACUCGAUGACAUGGACACGUUAAGAGUGAAGGGAUAUUAUACCAUGGUUGAUUUAUAGCAAUUGUUUUGGUUGAGUUGGUUUGAUGCUUUAAGUAAUUACUGUCUUUGAAAGGCCGCAAGAAAGACAAAUACAUAUUGUUCUUCUGUUGGGAAUCUAAGGGGGUACUAGAGGAAGAAUUGAGCUAUACCACAAAUAUAAAACUUUUAUCUUUUAGAGAAAUAGUUCUAACAACUAUACACAGGGGGACGCCGUGCAGGACUUUGAGACACCAUCUCCUUGCCUGACAAAUCUCACGAAGAAAAUGAACCUGCUGUUUUGAAGAUUUUCUGUGGAAACUAAUGGCAUUAAUAUAACUUGGUCGGUUUUGGCUUACACGGCGUACAAAUCACAGAAAACAUGGAGAAUUUAUUAAAUUUAUCUCACUUUUUCUCCGGGCAGUUUACGUACCCCUUGUAAAGUGCUUCCUUCUCGCUUUCCAUUUCUGUUUUCAGCUAGUCGUAUCGAAAUUGCCAUUGUGUCAGAAAAAGACAGAUGUUAGUAAAAGAUGUUGGAGGAAACAAAGAAACGUGGAUUCCAUCUGCAGGAGGGCUGAAGAAGAUAUAUUAUUUAUUUAAAUCAACCUAUCAAACAACGAGCUCUAUUGAAAUUCAGUCGUAAACAGUCCUUUGAAUGUGUUUUCGUGAUCAAAGCUCAGUUUGAUCAAAGCUCAGUUGUUUUUCUGCCGUUCACAACACUCGCUGUUAGCUACAAUGGUCGAGGAAGAUAUUUGAUUCAUUAUAUUUAUAAUAUAUCUUCAUUUUGCAGACAACGCUUUUUCAACGCUCCCAGUCUGUUGCAGCUACAGUUAUGAUGCAAUUUCGAAAGCGGAUUGUUUUGCUGAUUUCAUUUCUUCUCAUUGCUUUGGGACUCAUUUCGCUUCCCAGAUUUACCAGCAAACCGUUUUUGGUGUUAUCGCCCAGCUUGGAAAGGGAGUGCAGAGAGAUAAUGCGUGAGAUAAUGCGUGACUCUCAAUUUAACAAUCAGUUACUGAGUGUCACGCCACCGUCAUGCAAGCCUGUGAAUAACAUUUUAUUUCUCAAGACGCACAAGACAGGCUCAAGUACCGUGACCAAUAUUCUAAACCGUUAUGGUGAUAGCAGAGAUCUGUUGUUCGCCGUACCAGCUUCAGCAAAGAGUUACACUUUUUACUGGCCUCAUUCCUUUGUACCUAAGUUCACUCAGCCAGUCUGGAGAGCACCAAACAUCCUCUGCAAUCACGCCAGAUACAACAAAAUUCCCAUGAACUGGCUCUUCCCAAAAGAAACAACUCGCUACAUCACAAUGUUGAGAGAACCAGCCCAGCAUUUUGAAUCGGUUUUCAACUUUUUCCAUCUUGAUAAACGUUUUCCAAAAUUGCGAAACGUGUCGUCCCCUCUGGAGACGUUUCUUCAGAAUGCAACAAGUCAUCUUGAACACUUGGAUUCUAAACAGAAGAGUAGUUCUAUAAACCUGAUAAGGAACCCCGCGUUGUUUGAGCUGGGCCUCGAUGCAAAAUAUCACAGCAACCUAACUGUGGUGAGAAAUUACAUACGGUUCUUACAAAGAGAAUUUGACUUAGUUAUGCUUAUGGAAUACUUCGAUGAAUCGCUGAUACUCCUAAAGCGGCGUUUUUGCUGGAAAAUUCAUGACAUUUUGUACUUCAAACUCAACGAAAGGAGGGAAGGAGAUAAACAAGAACUUUUAAGCAAAGCGAAAGAACGAAUUCGGGAAUGGAAUUGGGGUGAUGCACUGUUGUACGAUCUUUUUAAUCAAACGCUUUGGAAAAUGAUAAAAGAAGAAGGUUCUGAAUUCUUCACCGAUCUCGCCGAGUUUCGAAAAGAGUUAGAUUCUAUAAAAAGAUCUUGCCUGCGAGAAGGGAAUUUCCUAACAAAACCAUACGCUGGUAGACUAGUGCAGGGUUAUGCUCUGAAAGCAAAUCUUUCCAAAGAGCUGAUUGAAACUUGCAAUAGAAUGAUCACGAAUGAGCUUCCAUAUUUAGAUUAUCAUCGCGAAAGAAUGAGCAAACAGCUUCAAAAUGUCAUGCACAAUUAUGUGGAUCGACCAGAUCUUUUAUAAUAAUAGUAUCUUGGGUAGUUUAGUUAGUAGUAAGACGGGAAAGCCACGAUUUUAAGUUCAGCUUUUCUUUCAUUACCUGUUAACCGAAGUCAAGCGUCAACUCGCACAUUUGUUGAAUAGUUGGCAAGUGUAAUUUUUUUUAGUAGUUUGAAUGGAAUAUCCAUCUUUUCUUAUUUAUUGUAUCUUUGAACCUUUAAUAUAUGGAAAGUAGCAUUUCUAUCUUUGAUGUAUUUAUUCCAACUACAGUACAGUCCUUUUGAUAUGGGAGUACCCCCCCGGGGGGGGGGUUGACGCCAUCAAAAGUUCUGUAAACCAAUCGAACGCAUUUUUAUUUCAUUCCACUCGUUCUGGUCUAGUUUAAGGUAACACACCAAUUAGACUAUUAGGAAAUGGGUAGGUCUGAACGCUCAACACAAGUUACAUUUGAUCUUGGUCACUAUUAUGCUGGUUUGCUCAUAACACUCCGUGACGGCUGGGUCACGUCAUAACAGUAAGUUCACAGAUGUUAUACAUUAACUCUUGGACGUACAAGAUUGGGGAGAGGGGGGUAGAUACCACUCCCCCCACAAGGUUUUAUCAAAGUUUUGAAAAGACGAUUUACUCUUUUACCUAAUGACACUUAAAGAUUUUCACUAUAUGGUAAUUAAUCUGGUAUGCUUUUA